GACAUUUAUUAGAGCAAAGAUAAAAUACGAACCAAACACACUCUCAGUAGGAUACUUGGCUGACAUCUGCUGGAUACAAAAUUAUUCAGUCACGAUUUCUGUUCAGCUGAUAAAGUCUUAAAGCAACAUUUUGAAAGUGUGCAUAUAGUGAUUCUUUCCUUCAUAUUUGAUUUGAAAUGGUCAAGGAGACCAGCUAGUUGUCACGUCUUUUAAAAGUUACAGAUUUAUUUUACUGUCUACAUGUCACUGAAAAACCAUUAAUAGGCUAUUGAUAUAUGACUCCUCUGUGACAACUUAUCCCAUAUGGUGUGACAUCAUGCCCUGCUACAGGUCAACACUCUUUUCUUUUGUGCAAUAAAGGUGGAAAAGUUCAAUCUAGGCCCUAUAUAUCUAAAAUAUAUAUGUGCUCAUACAAUAAUUAAACAGAAAUGACCACCUUGAGAAUUAUUCACCAAUAAAAAUGUGUUGACUGCUUCCGUUUUCCCCCUAUCCUUAUCGACGCCAGAAGGCUGCUGUUUAUGAGUAUGUCAUAAAAAUAAUGUAGUGCAGGACCCAUGUGCUCCAUGGCCCAUAUUUUGUGUUUGUGUGCGUGACGUCACAGAAUCAGCUGGCCAAUGUUUACAUCCAGCGCUGCUCGCCGUGAACGUUUAUGGGAAGAAACCAAGAGAUAGAAACAACAGGAGACAGUUAACCGAAUGGACAGCUAACGGACCUUAAUAAGGGUGUUUUAGGGUGUCAGACGAUUCAGCUCUGUCGACUGUGAAGUCAUCGUUGGGGUGUUUCCCGUGACGAGUACCCAAAACACCUCCAUCCCGAUUUUUCCCGUCUUCGUCUUUAUUUGCGUCUACUUUUUGCAGAGCUAAAAUGGGAGGUGCAGUCAGCGCUGGGGAGGACAAUGACGAGUUAAUUGACAACCUGAAGGAGGCCCAGUACAUUCGCUCAGAUCUGGUUGAACAUGCCUUCAGGGCCAUUGAUCGUGCUGACUACUAUCUGGAAGAAUUCCGUGACAGUGCCUACAAGGAUCUGGCCUGGAGACACGGCAACAUCCACCUCUCUGCACCCUGUAUCUACUCUGAGGUGAUGGAGGCUCUAGACCUGCAGCCUGGCUUGUCCUUUCUUAACCUGGGCAGUGGCACAGGAUACCUCAGUACCAUGGUGGGACUUAUACCAGGACCAUUUGGUGUGAAUCAUGGUGUGGAAUUACAUGAAGAUGUUAUGGAAUAUGCUUAUCAGAAGCUGGACUUCUUCAUCAAGACAAAUGAUAGUUUUGACAGGUUUGAGUUCUGUGAGCCUUCCUUUGUGGUGGGCAACUGUCUGGAGAUUGUCCUGGAAAGCAGGCAGUAUGACAGGGUUUACUGUGGUGCAGGGGUCCAGAGAGAACAUGAAGACUACAUGAAGAAGCUGCUGAAGAUCGGGGGCAUCUUAGUACUGCCUCUGGAAGAAAAGCUCACCAAAAUUACUCGGACAGGAUAUAACACAUGGGAGACGAGAAAGAUAAUUGCUGUGUCCUUCGCACCACUUGUGCUCCCUAAACACAGAGAAAAUGGCAAACCUAGAGCAGUCUCUCUACCUGCCAUGUUCGAGGUGCGGAGUCUUCAGGAUCUGGCCCGCAUCUCCAUCCGUCACAUUCUAAAGAAAUCUGGUUCUGGAUCCUUGCCGCUUCCACGGAGAAAUGGAUUGAAGCGAAGAAAUCACCUUAAACUUAGACGAGAGCAUCGUGACACCCCUCUUCUGACCAAUAGUUAUCUGUUCAUGAGUCGCUUGAUUCCCGGACCCAUGGACAACAACAACAACCAGUCAUCCACAGACAAUGAGGAUGAAGAUGAAGACUGCAGAAGGGUUUGUGAACAACUAGAAGAGAAUGAGAGAAGGAAUGAGGGCAGUGUUUUGGUGAUAGAGACUCCAGUUAACCUCUUAAGAGAGAGGAUCCUUAGCCUGCCUUUGCCAGAGCCUCUCAAGAUGUAUCUUCUUUACUACAGAGAGAAGUAGACUUCUCCUUCCAGUGAAUAGUCUAUUCUAAACUACUCACAUCUACCUAGCACUGUCACAUCAAGAAUUCACUUUUUGCAUUAUCCCGAUAACCUUUCUCAUAGAAUUUUACCUCUCUUUGUUCUGCCAUGUCAGAUGGCAGACAUACUUAAUUUUAUUUAUCUAUAAAGGAGAAUUCUCAUUUGGUUUAAUGCUGGAUCUGGAUUAAUGGUCUAGAAUGCUAACCAUUAAUCAUGAAAUCAAGAAAAAGUGAAAACUGAUUUAUUAAUCUGUGUUAUUUGUGCAUUGACAUUUUAAAAUUGACAUUAGUGGCUAACAGUUUACUAAAUCAUAAAUGCAGUGUAUUCCCACCUGUUUUGUGAGUUAUGUGACAUCUAGUUUCAGUUCAGAUUUACCAUGAAAAGUGAAAAUCAAAAUAUUCUUCUGGUGUAUGGAUUUGUAAAACAAUGUCUAAUUGUGUGCUGAAUACACUUAUAUUGUGUGAAAAUAUAAUGGCACAUUUAAAAAUGUGAUCGUCCAACAUAAUCAGAUUAUCUGAGGUGUUUUGCCAAAUUGAAAUAGUCAUGGGUUUGUACUGUGUUCACGGCCUUUGCUAUAUAGAAGUAUAAAAGGUAUAGUCUAUAGUUGUGUAACAAGUUAUAAAAUGGUGCUCUGAAUUGU